CAGUGAGGUCCAUCUUUCUACUGGAUUACUGCUACUGUGCGACUAUGAAGACUCCGGUGUGUGCUGUACUUCUUUCAUUGUUCGUCCUGGUGAGAGCAGAAGACGCAGAAUCGAAAACAGAAGGAAGGGACAGCAAGACGCAGAAGCGAGGAUUAUUAGGCCUAGGUUUUGGGGGAUAUGAUACUGGUUAUAUUGGACAUGGCGGAUACUACGGAUCAGGCUAUGGUGGAUAUGGCGGCUACGGAGGAUACGGCGGGUAUGACGGAUACAACGCCUAUGGAGGAUACUCAGGCUUCCCCAGUAGCUACGGCGUGAAGACGGUGACCAUCACGAAGCCUGUCCCAGUGCCUUACCCGGUGACCGUGGAGAGGAAGGUGCCAGUGGCUGUCAAGGUUCCAGUCACGGUGCCCGUGGUGAGGCCGUACCCUGUCAAGGUACCCCAGCCAUACCCUGUGCCCGUACCCAAGCCAGUACCUUACCCAGUUUCCGUGCCAAAGGCAGUGCCCGUGCCAAUCCCGCAGCCCGUAGUGGUCAAGCAGCCAGUCCCAGUUGUCGUCAAGAGCACGGGCUUUGGAGGACUCUACGGUGGCUUUGGACACUCUGGAUAUGGCACCAGCUACGGUAGCUAUCUAGGACACUCGGGGUAUGGCAGCCUUGACUACUUUGGUACCAGUGGCUUCGGUCACCACUGAUGUACUGGAAAACAUAAGAGUUUAACACACAGUUUCUAUAAAUGCUCACAUCUAAGCGUGUGUCACACCAUCUGCAACACCAGCUUAUCAACUAAUUACUACUCUUGUACUGUCUGCAACCAUGAAGUGCAUUACUACUAAAACAAGAAAGCCAACUGUCAGUGUACAGAUUGUUGUUUGCUGAUAAUAUUAAUCCACUGUGAAGUGAAACAUUUGUAUUAAAUUUAGUGUAAUCAUAUAAAUAGAGUAAGGAUAUGUGCUGUAAAUUACUAAA